AUGGGCGCUUCCCACUCGGAACCAGAGCCGGCCGGGGUGGAAACUGAGGACAACUCGUCGCAGGAAGUCAUCGCCCAGGUCGAGUCUUGGAUUCAAGAGCACCCCGUCUUCGAGACGGUCAUCACUGGAGCGUUGCAAGAGCACUGUCCUGUUCAUAGACAGAGACGCGAAGCCAUGGAGCACUGGUGCGAAGUAGAGUCGCUCGCGGUGACCAACAUCAUUGACAAUGACACCGACUUUCUGUCCACGGCCGCAUGCAACAAGGAUGGCAGUGUUACCUAUCAGUCUGAGGUGGCUCAGCAUGUGGCGCGUGGGGACAUGACCCUCAACUUUCCAGAUUUCUGCUCCGCUGCUCAUGGACUGUCCCUCUUGCUCACUGCCGAGGUGACUACAACGGCGGGUCGCCAGAAGAGGUCUUUGCUCUUGGAUGCUGGCCCAUGUCCUCGGCUAUGGGAAGCAAACGCAAGGAAGUUGCAGCUUGACCUGGCCUCCGUGGAAUGCAUCGUCCUGUCACAUUACCAUGCCGACCACUCCGGCGGAUUAACCGGUGCUGUGCCGCUCAUUGCAUCCGCCCGCAAGGAUGCCGGCAUGGGGCCUGUCCGCCUGGACCUGCACCAGGACCGUCCUGAGUCGAGGGCUGUGCAGUUGCCGUCUGGGACCACCCUGCCGCUACAGCCUGAGACCCCAACCUUCGAAGACUUCCGGCAGCUGGGGGCCCACCUCGUGCUGAGCAGCGAGCCACACGUGGUCUCAGACUGCUUCUUCGUCAGUGGGGAGAUCCCUCGCAGAACCAGCUAUGAGAAAGGCCUGGUCGGUUCCAAGCGUCUAGAAGACAAUGAUUGGAGGGAUGACAAUGACAUCGACGAGGAGCGCUACGUGGCCGUGAAGGUCAAGGGCGCAGGCGUCGUGGUCUUUUCAUCUUGUUCGCACGCAGGAAUUGUGAACGUGUGUCGGCAUGCCCGCGACCUUUCCGGAGUACCGCUGCUAGCAGCAAUGGGUGGCUUCCACCUGGGCGGUGUAGGUCUUGAGGAGCGUGUCAGUGACACCAUCAACGACCUCCUUGAGCUGCGACCCAAGGCGAUCCUGCCAGGGCACUGUACUGGAUGGCGUGCCAAGACUGCGAUUGCACAGGAUUAUUUUCGCGAUGCCAGUGGUUCCCGUCUGCAGUGGGCCAAGGCAACACUGCCGCAACGACUCGCUUGUGGCGUUUUCUCGGCCCUUUACUGCCCUUCGGGGCAGUCUUCGUCGAAAGCCGGGAAGGCAAAGCGAGUUGCCGGCCGAAGCUUCAUGAUCAAGCUCCUGGGGCUGUUCGCGGUUGAGGCCCAAACCUGGCGAGCUAAGGCUGAUAGUGCUGCGUUAGUCGUUCGAGGUAGUGCAGAGCUUCAGGGUUGGGCCCCACACUGGCACACCAUGCCAACUGAUGGAGCUCAGGUAGAACGGAGCCUCCUCUAG